AUGCCCAACAGCAGCUCCAUCAGCGAGUUCCUCCUGCUGCCGUUGGCAGACACGCAGCAGCUGCAACUCCUGAACUUCUGGCUCUUCCUGGGCAUCUACCUGGCUGCCCUCCUCAGCAACGGCCUCAUCAGCACAGCCGUAGCCUGCGACCACCACCUGCACACUCCCAUGUACUUCUUCCUCCUCAACCUGGCCCUCCUCGACCUGGGCUGCAUCUCCACCACCCUCCCCAAAGCCAUGGCCAACACCCUCUGGGACACCAGGGCCAUCUCCUACUCCGGGUGUGCUGCACAGGUCUUUUUCAUUUUCUUCUUCCUCUCAGCAGAGUAUUCCCUUCUCACCAUCAUGUCCUAUGACCGCUACAUUGCCAUCUGCAAGCCCCUUCACUACAGGACCUUGAUGAACAGCAGAACUUGUGCCACCAUGGCAGCAGCUGCCUGGGGCACUGGUGUUCUCAAUUCCCUGCUGCACACUGCCAGUACGUUUUCACUGCCUCUCUGCCAAGGCAAUGUUGUCAACCAGUUUUUCUGUGAAAUCCCCCAGAUCCUCAAGCUCUCCUGCUCAGCCUCCUACCUCAGGGAAGUUGCGCUUAUCAUUUUUAUUGUCUGUUUAGUCCUUGGGUGCUUUGUUUUCAUAGUUGUGUCCUAUGUACAGAUCAUCCUUGCCGUGAUGAGGAUGCCUUCUGAGCAUGGACGGCACAAAGCCUUCUCCACGUGCCUCCCUCACCUGGUUGUGGUUUCCCUAAUACUCAGUACUGCCUUUUUUGCCCACCUGAAGCCCCCCUCCAUCUCCUCCCCCUCUAUGGACCUGAUGGUGGCAGUUCUGUACUCCGUGGUACCUCCAGCAGUGAACCCCCUCAUCUACAGCAUGAGAAACCAGGAAGUCAAGGAUGCAGUGAAAAAAGUCUUGUCCCACCUAAAUGAUUCCAUGAUUCAGUAG